CGGUCGCAGCCUGAUGACGUAUGCAGUCGGUGUUUUUACCAUGGCGGCUAACUGCUAAUGUAUUGCAAGAUGCGGAAUCUAUUGCUGCAAUAAUAAUAAUAGUUUCACUAAAGAAAACAAAGUUAGAUCUUGUAAAAUGACUAACAGGACGUCGUAUUUUUACGACCCAGAUGUAGGCAAUUUUCAUUAUGGUGCUGGUCAUCCCAUGAAACCUCACCGUUUGUCUCUGACACACAGUCUGGUGUUGCACUAUGGACUUUACAAGAAGAUGAUGGUGUUUAAGCCAUAUAAAGCGUCUCAGCACGACAUGUGUCGUUUCCAUUCUGAAGACUACAUAGACUUUCUACAGAAGGUCAGCCCCAACAACAUGCAGGGCUUCACAAAAAGCCUUAACACAUUUAAUGUCGGAGACGACUGUCCAGUGUUUCCAGGUCUUUUUGAGUUUUGCUCAAGAUACACAGGAGCUUCAUUACAAGGAGCUACACAGCUCAACCACAAGAUCUGUGACAUUGCCAUCAACUGGGCCGGAGGUUUACAUCAUGCUAAAAAAUUUGAGGCAUCUGGCUUUUGUUACGUCAAUGACAUUGUCAUCAGCAUCCUGGAGCUACUCAAAUACCAUCCCAGAGUUUUGUACAUUGACAUAGACAUUCAUCAUGGAGACGGUGUUCAGGAGGCGUUUUACUUGACAGACCGUGUCAUGACCGUCUCCUUCCACAAAUACGGGAACUACUUUUUUCCAGGAACAGGUGACAUGUAUGAAGUAGGAGCAGAGAGCGGUCGGUACUACUGUCUCAAUGUCCCUCUAAGAGACGGAAUCGAUGACCAGAGUUACAGGCAGCUGUUCCAGCCAGUUAUUAAACAAGUGGUAGAUUUCUACCAGCCGACCUGCAUCGUUCUGCAGUGCGGAGCAGAUUCUCUGGGCUGUGAUAGACUGGGCUGCUUCAACCUCAGCAUACGAGGACAUGGUGAGUGUGUGGAGUUUGUAAAGAGUUUUAAGAUUCCUCUUUUGGUCCUGGGAGGAGGCGGAUACACAGUGAGAAAUGUGGCUCGCUGCUGGACUUUUGAGACCUCGCUGUUAUUGGACGAAUCCAUCAGUGAUGAGCUGCCUUAUAGUGAGUAUUUUGAAUACUUUGCUCCAGACUUCACAUUACAUCCUGACGUCAGUACCAGGAUAGAAAACCAGAACUCCAGACAGUACUUGGAGCAGAUUCGUCAGACUGUGUUUGAGAACUUAAAGAUGCUGAACCAUGCACCUAGUGUUCAGAUUCACGACGUCCCAUCUGACAUGCUGAGUUACGAACGCAACGACGAGCCAGACCCUGAUGAGAGGGGGGGCGAGGAAAACUACACCAGACCAGAGGCAGCCAAUGAGUUCUACGAUGGUGACCAUGACAACGACAAAGAGAGUGACGUGGAAAUUUGAACUACUGUAUGAGAACGAGCAAGUGGAACUUUAUUACAGUCUUCAGUUUGGAUCAGCUGCAGUCUCCAAACAUCACGCCUUAACUGCAGCUUGCAAAUUUACAGUCACAAAGGCUGGAUAAGACUUUUUUUUUUGUUUGUUUUUUAAAUGUAUGUUUUUAUUGAACAAAAGUUAAUUUUGAUCAGUUAUGGUUUGUCUAUUAAUGUAGAAAGAUUCCACAUCCUGUUCUGUAUAUAAACAAAUAGUCAUGUAUUUCCUUUUUUUUUAACUACAGUCAGCUGGGUUCAGUUUAAAAACAAUGUCCUAUUUCUCAGAGCUCUAAAAGCAGUUCCUCUGCUGCUCUGUGCGACUGACUGCAGAUUACAUGUGAAGAGACUUGCAGGAAAAAAAACACACCAACAGGUGUUGCGAGUGCUAGAUUUAUUUUUUUCAGACACGUUAAUGUGGAAGCUGCUUCAGUGCAAAAACGUAUUAGUCACACAUUAGCUGGUACAGAUGUUAGAACCAAACCUACAGUUUUAGAGGCUCAGCAGUGAUGUAGAGCUAGACCCUCUUUGUGACCUUCCACUAAUGUGCAAAUUGGGCCACUUGACAUAUUUCUGCCAGGAAUAAGUGUCAGCCAGUGUUUAAAGUUUUUUCUGUUCCUUCUGCCCCGGCUCACAACUAGACUGUUUUGUACUGUAGAACUGUGGUCUUAGUGAAGGAUUUCCUGCAGUUCUAGUUGUUGACUGUACAACAUGGCUGGACUCGAGCUGUGCAGCUUUCUACAUUGAUACCUCGGGUGUUCUUUUAGUCACAUGUUUUAUGUAAUUUUUUAUAUCAUCUGCUACAUUUGUUUAUUAAAAACUAUUUGCAUAA